CGUUUGUUGACUUUCUUCAACCAUAUCAUUGUUGUAAUUUCGAGUUUUCUGUUACUUCUCUCGAAAUAUUAACCCUAACAGAAAUCUGACAAAAAAGAAAUCAUCCCAUAAAUUCGACGAUUUGUCUUUGUUCCUGGCAAAUUUCAUUGUUCAUCGCGGUUGAUUGCUGUUGUUUAACCGAGUUUCCGACGGCGGAUUUAGCCGUAUUUUGUCUGCUAUCGGUGAUUUGCUUGUAGGGUUUUUGGAAAGGAAAUUAGGAGAGAUGUUUAAUGGAAUGAUGGAUCCGGAAUUGAUGAGGAUGGCUCAGGAGCAGAUGAGUCGCAUGUCUCCAGCUGAGCUGGCUCGGAUACAGCAGCAGUGGUUAUCUUUUACAUCUGGGAUGAUAACGGAUUGUACUUUCAGUGUAUUCAUUUGGGAAUUCGGUUUUUCGAUUCUGUUAAAUGCCAAGUCUUGUGUGGAAUCAAAUUGCAUGGAUGUGAAGAAUUUCGAGUCUAUGAUGUCAAAUCCAGAGUUGAUAAGGAUGGCUUCUGAGAGCAUGCAAAACCUGAGGCCUGAAGAUUUCAAGCAAGCUGCAGAGAAAUUGAAGCAUACUCGUCCUGAGGAGAUGGCUGAGAUUGGUGAGAAGAUGGCAAAAGCCUCACCCGAAGAAUUAGCUGCCAUGAAGGCUCGAAUGGAUGCGCAGGUGCAUUAUGAAAUUAAUGCUGCUGAGAUGUUGAAAAAACAGGGGAAUGAACUUCACAGCCAGGGAAAGUAUAAAAAUGCGUUGGAGAAAUACACGCGUGCAAAGAAUAAUCUUAAAGACAUUCCUACAUCGAAAGGAAAGAAUCUUCUUUUGGCUUGCUCUCUUAAUAUGAUGUCAUGUUACUUGAAAACCGAGCAGUAUGAAAACUGUAUCCAAGAAGGCACUGAGGUUCUGACAUAUGAUCCAAAGAACGUUAAAGCCCUUUACCGAAGGGGUCAAGCAUACAAGGAACUGGGUCAACUAGGAGAUGCUGUGUCUGACUUGCGUAUUGCACAUGAAGUUUCUCCUGAAGAUGAAACUAUUGCAGAUGUCUUACGGGAAGCCGAGGAAAGAUUUAUCAAGGAAGGGGUGGUUAUUGAAGAAAUAACUGAGGAAGCAACUGUAUCAUCUGAUAAGCCUGAGUAUUCUACUUCAGAACUACCGUCUCAGGAAACCAGUCAACCCAAAACUUUUCAAACUGCUAACACUAAGGAGGCUCAGUCUACGAGUACUAACCAUUUGGAGACGCUAAAAGAUGAUCCAGAUUCUAUCAGAUCCUUCCAGAACUUCAUUUCUCGAACUGAUCCUGAAACAUUGGCUGCCAUAAAUGGUGGAAAAGUCGAAGGUAUACCACCUGAAAUGCUAAAGACUGCCUCAGACGCAAUCGGAAAGAUGUCACCCGAAGAACUCCAAAAGAUGUUCCAGUUAGCUUCUUCCUUACAAAGUGAAAACCCGUUUACUGAAAACACCCCCAAUUUCAGUCCGGGAUCAAUACCAUCAGAUUUAUCCCCAGACAUGCUCAAGACUGCUAGCAACAUGAUGGCCAAAAUGUCACCAGAAGAUCUUCAGAAUAUGUUCAAAAUGGCAUCAUCCUUGAAAAAGGAUGACGUGGCAUCAUCAUCGCCAUUAUCAGCAGGUUUACAUACUAAUGAGGGCCCCGUCCCACCGAACUUGUCGCCAGACAUGCUUAAAAUGGCUUCUGAGAUGAUGGGCAAGAUGUCACCCGAAGAUCGUAAAAGGAUGUUUGAAAUGGCAUCAUCGUUGAGAGGACAGGAAAGACGAGCACCAUCAACUGCAACUUCGUAUUCAAACAAUGACGACAAUAAUGUCGGUGAAAGUAGUGUGUCACGGAGUAUGAAUUCAGCUUCUCCACAGUCGAGCUUUUCAAAUUCUUCCAAUGUUGAUCUGCAAGAACAAAUGAGAAAUCAAAUGCAAGAUCCUGCUAUGCGACAGAUGUUCACAUCAAUGAUAAAAAAUAUGAACCCGGAAAUGAUGGCCAACAUGAGCGAGCAAUUUGGAUUCAAGCUUUCUCGUGAAGAUGCUGAGAAAGCUCAACAGGCCAUGUCAUCAUUGUCACCUGAUACUUUGGACACAAUGAUGAAGUGGGCUGAUAGGGUUCAGCGAGGUGUAGAGGGAGCAAGGAAGACAAAGAAUUGGCUCCUAGGCCGACCUGGCAUGAUUUUGGCCGUAUUUAUGCUUUUUUUGGCAGUCAUCCUUCAUUGGCUUGGCUUUAUUGGUAAGUAACAAAAUAAAAAAUAAUAAGGUUUUGCCUGACAUGUUCCAUAAGAGACUCAGCCACUGCUGUUUAAAUAGUGUCGCCUAGGCGACUGUAGUCAGUUACUGGUGGAUUUUCCAUCUUGUUCAUUUUUAUUUUUUUUUUUUCUCGUUUUUGGNUUUGUGGUAUAAUUGUAAGUUGUUUAUUUAUUUAUUUUAUUUUUUUUUUAUUGACUGCAAAAAGUUCUCAAUGUCUUAUGCAAGGUUUUUGUGCUUCGGAUUAUAAUAAAUUAAAUGAUGUGAUUAUCCGAAGCAAGUUUUAUGUAAAAGGAUUUAUUAGUUGUUAGAGCGUGUUAAGAUUUUGAUUUUGAGAUUACGUUUUCAGGAGAAUAUACUAUUUUGGGGCAAGUUCAUUACGUUACACAUGUUGAGACUAUUUUGGAUAAUGACCUUGUGUCAAUCAAAUUGAGUUUGGAGCAAAUCACUGGAUUUUUA